UAUCUCAAGCUUUUUCCUAUCUAACCUAUCCCUUCCCUGUCUCUUAGGUAUUCCCCUCUCCGCCGCCGGUUUCUCCGCCGAGAAUACCCAAUUCUUUUCGUUCCUUCUUCGUUUUGCGCUGAAGAAGAGAGAAAGGAGAUCGAUGGAUUCGGAUCUGGGCAAACUCUUCAUCGGAGGUAUUUCGUGGGAAACAACUGAAGACAAGCUGAAAGAUUACUUCAGCCAGUAUGGUGAUGUCGCGCAGACGGUGGUGAUGAGGGAUAAAGCUACAGGAAAACCUAGGGGCUUCGGAUUUGUUGCCUUUUCCGAUCCUUCCAUCUUAGAUCGAGUCCUUCAAGACACUCACAACAUCGACGGCCGCACUGUGGAAGCAAAGAAGGCCAUGUCAAGAGAGGAACAGCAUAGUACUGUUAGAACCGGAAGUAACAUGAUGAGAAAUGUGGGAGGAGGUGGUGGUGGUGGUGGUGGUGGAAGCAUUAGAACCAAAAAGAUUUUUGUUGGAGGGCUUCCUCCCACUCUAUCAGACAUAGAGUUCCGCAAAUACUUUGAAGCUUUUGGCACUGUUACUGAUGUGGUUGUGAUGUAUGAUCCGAACACCCAGCGGCCUAGAGGUUUUGGCUUCAUUUCAUUUGAUUCAGAGGAUAGUGUUGAUCGUGUGGUUCAGAAGCAGUUUCAUGAUGUAGGCGGAAAAGCAGUAGAGGUCAAACGUGCCCUCCCAAAAGAUGCAAACCCUAACAACAACACUAACCGCUCCAUGGGCGGUGGAGGAAGCUAUCAAUCUUAUGGUGGUUCAGGUGUGAACUCAAACUCUUAUGAUAACAGAGUGGAUGGCAGCAGGUAUAUGCAGCCACCAGCAAGUGGCGCUGGUUACAAUCCAUAUGGCUCAUCGGGUUACGGUGCUCCUGCGUAUGGUUAUGGAACAGGAACCAAUGGUGUUGGUUAUAGUGGUUAUGGUGGCUAUGGAAAUACUGGGGCCUAUGGAAACCCUGCUGGCCCUGGAGCUGGUUAUGUUACUGGACCUCCAGGUGCUCCAAGGAGUGGGUAUGUUUCUGCAGGUUAUGGUGCGAAUGCCGGGUAUGGAGGAGCUGGAUCAUGGAAUACUCCUGGUGGCGGAGGACCUGUUUCUGGACACACUGGUCAGUCUCCUGGCAAUGCAGGUGGCUAUGGAAAUCAGGGAUAUGGUUAUGCUGGGUAUGGGGGGUCUGAAGCUCCUUAUGGUAAUCAGGGUGGUUAUGGGGCUGUUGGAGGUCAUGGCGGCGGCAAUCCUAGUGGUGCCGGGGAGCAGGGUGUCGGUUCUGGCUUUACGGGUGGAGGUUACAAUGAUGGCAGUGGAAGCACUGGUUAUUCAAAUGCUUGGAGAUCUGAAUCUGCUCAGGGAGGUGGUGGCUAUGGGGCUAGUCAACUGGCUGGUGCACCCGGUGGGACGAUUGGUUAUAGUGGAGGAUAUGCUGGUUCUCAAUCCAGGCAGGGGCAGCAACAGUGAACUUCAUGCCUGAGUUUUCAUCCAGAGUGGUUAUUGGUGAUUUAGAGUGGCCAACUUUGCUUGUCAUCGCGCAUCCUACUGCUGAAGAGGAAUGAUUUUUGGGGAAGGGUUUGAAACUUCUGAGUGCCUUAUCUUUAGUAGAUCAGCAGUUCUCUACUUUGCUUUAGCUUAAACUGUAGUUGUAUUGUAGUGUAAUAUAUAGCUUGCACUAUCUUUUAUCUCUCGUUUCUGCUGGUUAAUUAUCUGGUAUGUAGGGUGAUAUGACAUUAUGUUGUCUGGCCUCUAGUUUUCCUACAGCCAGAGUAGCUUAUGCUAGUUUUUCUAUUAUGUCGUCUGGUUUGCUGCUAUUGUUAUAGUCUUUAUGACUGGUAUUAAAACACCACAUCUUAUGUACUAGUCUAAUUGUUUGCUCUGA